AAUCCAUACCACUAAGUACAGAAGGAAAGAGACACUCUCAGUAGUUUUAUGCAUAGAUCUCGUUGAGUGUAACCAUUUUGAGGCAAGAACUAUGGGAGAGAAAUCUGAUGAAAGAUGGAAAGGUAAGGCAGUGGUUGAGCUUGCAGACACAAAUACUGAAGUAGCAUGGAGUGUGAUAGAGGAUUUCUGCAACAUCCAUAAGUGGAUGUCACUAGACACAUCCUAUCAACAAGAGGGUACUCUUGGCAAACCAGGUCUCAUCAGAUACUGUGCUUCAACCAUUGUUGAUGAAGUGAAGAAGACCCCAACACUGAAGUGGGCCAAAGAGAAGGUACUUGCCAUUGAUCCUGUUGAACGAAGUUUGAGCUAUGAAGUUAUUGAGAACAAUAUGGGAUUUAAGUUCUAUGUGGCCACACUCAAAGUGCUGUCAAGGGAGGAGGGCGGAUGCAAGAUUGAAUGGGGAUUUGUCUGUGAUCCAGUAGAAGGGUGGACGGUUGAAGGUUUGGAGUCAUAUGUUGAGUCUUCUCUGCAGAUCAUAAAGAAGAACAUCCAACUUGCAUACAACACACCAUAGGUUUUCACAUAAUAAAUCUCGGUGUUUGAAAUUUAUGCAAUUAAUAAUGAAGCAUAAUACAUUAAACUAAUAUUUGUUUGUUGUUAAACUUUUUCUGCAAGUGUUUGUUUGCUUAAUUAUCUCAAAACUCAAACUAUAAUGUUUGUUUGUCUUUAAACUUUUAUGUAAGUGUUUUGUUUCUACA